CAUGCACGUCCUUGACUGACCUUGCGUCCAAGACUUUGCUUGUAUAUUGUCCACCUUCAUCCACAACCACCACGGAUCGUCUACCGAAGCCUCAACCUUACACACGCGUGUGCUCAGGACCACUUUCAAUCAAAUCUUGUGGUAGACAACGACCAACAUGGACGAAGACAUGGAAUUCGACGAUGCUAGCACUUCUGCGCCUCAACAACCUGCUUUUGGAGCUCAGGAGCAGUACAUGCUUGAUCCAAAUCGCAAACAAUUAGAUCUGGUAUUCGUGCAGGACUGCACUGGCAGUCAAGGAAGCUACAUCUCUUCUGCAACAAAGAAUAUAGAACAGAUCUGCGCUCAUAUCUUCGAAUCUGGCAAGCUUCAAGCACAAGAGGACCUCCGAAUAGGACUCGUGGCUUACCGGGACCAUCCACCACAAGAUCAUACAUAUGUUACCAAGAACUUCGGCUUCUCUUCAGACAUCAGCAAAGUCCACAAGGACCUGUCAAGCCUAUAUGCGUCUGGUGGAGGAGAUGGCCCAGAGGCGGUGACGGCGGCACUUGCUGAAGCAUUGAACAUGGAUUGGAGGGAGAAUGCAAGUAAGAUGGUUGUGCUGAUUGCGGACGCGCCUCCCCAUGGUGUUGGAGAGUAUGGUGAUGGUUUUGACGAGGGUUCCCCGGAUGGCAAUGAUCCAUUACAGCUCGCACGUCAGAUGGCUAGUCGUGGUAUCACUCUGUUCUUCGUUGCGUGCGAGCCUGCCCUAAGCGGGUACUCAUUUGCGACCGACUUCUUCCAAGCAAUAGUAAAUAUCACGUCGGGGCUAAUGCUGCCUUUGACGACCGCCGACCUACUCGCGCAUGCUAUUGUCGGAAGUGUGCUCGAGAAUCUAGACAUGGAGCGUCUAGUUCGCGAAGUCGGUCAAGCAGUUGCAGCGCGGAUAUUAGGGAGCGGUGAGAGUGUCGAUGACGUAGCCCGCGAGUUGCACGAAAGACUCCUGCUACGAAACGAAAGCACGAAGAAGGUUGUGAUAGAAAGUAUCUAUAAGGAGUCUGCAGAAGCCCAACAUAAUGUCUCGGUAUUCAUGCAAGCGCCUUCUCUCGUAGAAGCCCGGCCGCUGCUCAAAAAGGUUCCGGGGACUCGUUUUACAGACAAGUAUCUUCAGGCGCGGCAGUCAGCUUCGCGGAGUGGGUACUCUUAUGGCCCGUACAUCCCAGCACGUUCUCCAGAGAAGAGCUUUGGGUCACCGUCGUCAACAUCUAUUACUGCGUCUCCCGGAUCCCCCGGGCGGUCUCCACCUGGGUCUCGAAAGGUUGUCACGGAUUUCGCUGCCUUUGGUGGCCCGAGAGACGCCAGUGUUUUCAAGACGGCGGUACAGUCGACACCGUUCUCGCUUGCGGGUGGUAAGGCAGCAUUCGGAGGCCUGAGAAAUAAUGGCGCAGCCCGGCCGUCCUUUGAUGACGAUGACGAGGAUGAAGAGGAGGACGGUAGACAGCGAAUUGAGCUGAGGGAAGAUGCAAUCACCCUUGAUCAGGCCAAGCGCAUCGCUAUGCAAAGUGCAUGGAGGAGCGCUCGCGGUUGAGCUUUGGGUUAUUGAUUCUCGUGUAUCAGGUGCCGGUCAUGGGUUCUAGUAGAAAGUAAACAAGGUCUUGUAUUUGUAUUAUGUAUGGACGCAUCUUCUGCUGUGGUGUUCUUCAUGUGCAGUCAUUCACUCGCUAGCAUCAGCCAUUCAAUAAUACCUUGUCUAUCACCCAAUGUACCAGUAGUAUUCACAUGCAUCCUUGUUCCUUUGACUACGACAAUAUGGCACCGGUGACUGAGCACAAUACAACGAAGUACAACAUUCUAAAGUCACUGCUUUUGCUUCUUUUUCUUGUGAGAUUUAGCGGGGUGUCGCUCGUCAUCUUUUGGACGACAGCGAUCCCUCUCCACCAACACAGGCCCGAGCUGCUCAGCGAUGACUUUCACACCCGAGCCUGAAUGUUGAUGUAUCACUCCAGCCUCAAGCGCCGGGACGAAGGACGCACUAUCUGGUUGAUCCUCAUCAGCCUGUUGCGAUCCAUUGCGUUUGGCUCUCUUCUCCUUUCUCGCCUUCCGCGCGAGCUUCUCCUCCUUUCUGGCUUUACGCGCGAGCUUCUCCUCCUUUCUGGCCUUGCGCGCAAGCUUCUCCUCUUUUGUUCUCAUUCUCUUCGCAGCGGAGCUCUCAGCGUCAUCACUAAGCCCCUGCGAUGAAGCAGGACCCGCAGGGUUGUCAACCUUCUCACCGACGAAUGUGCCCUGGUCUUCAUUGUCCAGCUUGCGCUUCUUGGACGUCUUGGUAUGCCUUUUCUCGUCCUUCAACUUUCGCCUCUUGAGGGCCGAAGUAGAUGAGCCACUGGCCUGUGGCUCUACAUGGUCAUCUGCACUCUUGUUUGUCUCGUCCCCAGCAAUUGCCUCUUCGUCGGGACCCAGCACCGGCCCACGGAAGAACAUGGAGUAUAGUCCUCUUUUCACAGCUUCCCUUCGUGCCAGCGUUAAUAGGCUCACUCGAGGCAUGCUGGAAUCUGACGGUGCUGAAUCGGGGGUCGCGGUUCCUGAGGCAGCAGGAGUGCCAUCCACUGGUCGUCGGUUCGAUAUGAUGCCAGUCCUGGUUCUUGCAAAGGAGACAACAGAGGUUGAGGGUUCCAUAUCAGCAGAGUCUUCCUCGUCUGAAUUAGCUACUUUCAACUUGAUAGCCUUGGCUGCUGCAGAGUACAGGUGGUCCCAGAACGGGAAGGCUUCGUCGCGAUCCCUCCCUACACCUGCCAUAGUUUUCUUCUGGGCAAUGAUCACAGGCCUGCUGAUUGCACCUUCGCGAAGACCCGACCCUUUUCCAGCCCAUCCUUGGGAGGAAAGGUAUGCAUGCCCGUCGAGA